AUGAUUAUCACCAAAAAUAAAAAAUAUUGGAAGUGUAUUGAAAACUGUGGAGCUCGUGUAAUAAUUUCAGAUGAAUUCACUGUACAUUCCGAUAAGUUUUAUAAUCAUAACCACAGUCCUCGUCCAGUUAAAAUUGAAGAAAAACGUUUUAAGGCCAAACUUCGUUUGACACCAAAAGAAAACCCUCUGGAACCAAUUCCGAAGAUUUAUAAAGAAGUUCGAACUUCAUUUUUAAGACAAAAAGGAGAUUGUGUAACCCAAAAUGAAAGAGAAGAAGCAGUAGCAACAUAUCAAUCAGUAAAAUCAAGUAUUCAUCGAAAUGAACGUAAGGAAGUGUCUCCACAACCUGAAAAUAGAAAAGACCUACAAAUACCAGAUUUAGAAAAAGCAUAUGACAUGGUAUGGAGGAAUAGAGUCCUCGAAAUCAUACAAAACAGUGGCAUAAAUGGCAAAAUGUUUCUAUUCUUACAAAAUUUCCUAAAAAAUCGCAAAAUCCAAGUCAGAGCCCUAUCAGAACUAUCAAAAAUCCACCAAACAGAAAAUGGACUACCCCAAGGGUCUGUUAUUAGCGUUACAAUGUUUUUAUUGGCCAUCAAUGACAUUUUCAAAAACAUACCGAAACCCACAAAACAUCUACUAUUCGCCGAUGAUUGUCACAUCUACUGCAGCGGACAAAACACCAAAACAACUGUGGAUAUAUUACAAGACGCACUAAAUAUACUCCAAGAUUGGUCUCACAAAACUGGCUUCAAAUUCUCUGCUGGUAAAAGCCAAUGUAUUACCUUCCAUACUAACCCUAGAGCAAACAUACAAUUCCACCUUAAAAACUCCCCAAUACCCAUUUGUGAAAAUCUCCGCGUACUUGGAAUGAUAUUCGACAAUAAACUAAGAUGGGGCUCACACAUAAAAAAGCUCAAAAGUACAUGCAAAGUCCGAAUGAACAUCAUAAAAACACUUUCCCACCAUACAUGGGGCGCCAAAACGAAAUCACUUAUAACAGUCUAUAAAUCUCUUAUAUUAUCACAAAUACAGUAUGGUGCCCAAAUUUAUAUUACAGCCAAAGAAAAGCUAUUAAAAACAUUGGAUCCAAUCCACAAUGAGGGUAUUCGUCUAUCAAUAGGAGCAUUCAGAACCAGCCCCAUUGACAGCAUUCUAUGCUAUGCUGGAGAACUUCCCCUCAACCUACUUAGAGAAAAAGAUCUCCUAAAUUAUGGAAUAAAAAGAAAAAGCACUCCAAACCACAUGGGAUACAUUAACUUUUUUAACGACAAAACCACAAAUUUAAUUUUUCCAAUAAAAAACCCCGUAUUAUCUAUACAUGACAUCUUCUUCCAACUAAUCAAUAAACACACCAUACACACAUCUGUCAAAAACAAAAUCACAUACCCAAACCAUCCCACUUGGUUUUGGAAAAUCAAAGUCAAUACUGAGCUUCUACAACUUAACAAACACGACACAAAUCCCAAUAUUAUCACCUCGCAAUUUUAUGAAAUUAUCCAAGACAAAUAUUCACACUUCGAAAAAAUAUACACUGAUGCUUCUAAAUCCACUCAAGGUGUUGGAUUUUCAAUAAUCCAAAAAAAUAUCACACUCCUUCACAAGCUCCCACCGGAAACUUGUAUAUUCUCGGCUGAAUCUCAAGCCAUUAAUGAAGCUAUCAUAUUAGCCAAUACUAUCAACUCAAACCACAUUCUAAUUUUAAGUGAUUCACUCAGUGCUUUACUUGCCCUUCAAAACCCACUACCCUCAAACGAAACUACCCAAAAUAUCCAAAUAAUAUUUAAAUCGACCACCAAAAACAUCGAAUUUAUGUGGGUUCCAUCACACAUUGGUAUUAAUGGCAAUGAAAUGGCUGACAAGGCAGCUGACCUUGCAACCAAAAUUAUCCUCCACCCAACAAUUUCCGACCUACCGACUAAUGACAUUAAAUCAUCCAUCAAACGCAAAAUACAUGCUAGAUGGCAAAAUCAUUGGGAUGCUAUUCCGCCUACCAACAAGCUGAAAUCAGUCAAGAAAGACACAAAAAAGUGGAACCCACCGUACUUCCUCAACAGACGCCAAGAAGUUGCCAUCACAAGAUGCAGAAUCGGACAUUCCUUCACAACCCACGCUUUUCUCAUCAACAAAAACCCACCUCCCACCUGCGACGAAUGCCAUGCCGACCUCUCAAUACAACAUAUCAUCCAGGAUUGCUCAAAGUACAGGGACGCAAGAAACAAUCUAGCUAUACCACCGAAUAUGGAUGAAGCACUAAACGAAAAUAAUAUUUUUAAAAUUAUCUCUUUUCUUACUCAAAUCCACCUAAUAAACAAACUUUAA